AUGAAGAUGAAGAUGAAUUAAGUCAAAAGAACGUAUUUAGCGAAACAUUAUAAGCCAAAAAUAUGCACUAGGACAUGGCAGUGGUUUCGAUGGAUAUUCUUCAUAGCUCCAUUAUCUCCUUAACAUCCAUCAUUCUCUCACUUCUCUUUUGUGGAUUCAUAUUUCAUCUUCUGACCAAAAAAGUAUAUGGAAAAAAAAGAUACCAUCCAAUUGGUGGCACCAUUUUCAAUCAGCUCAUUAACUUCCACAGGUUACACCAUUACAUGACUGAUCUUGCUUGCAAGUACAAGACUUACAGGUUAAUCAGCCCUUUUAGGAAUGAGAUUUAUACUUCUGACCCUGCUAACGUCGAGUACAUUCUCAAAACAAACUUUGACAACUAUGGCAAGGGUUGGUAUAAUUACAGCAUUCUUAAGGACCUGUUUGGGGAUGGGAUUUUCACAGUUGAUGGGGAUAAGUGGCAGGGGCAGCGGAAGUUGUCGAGCCAUGAGUUCUCCACGAGGGUCUUGAGGGAUUUCAGCAGUGUGGUCUUUAGAAAAAAUGUGGCAAAGCUAGCUCAUGUAUUGUCUAACGCUGCCAAUUCCAACACAACAGUUGACAUUCAAGAUCUAUUCAUGAAAUCAACUCAAGAUUCAAUUUUCAGAGUUGCCUGUGGAGUUGAUCUAGACAGCAUAUGUGGUUCAAAUGAAGAGAGCAAAAAAUUUGGCGAUGCAUUUGACAAUGCUAAUGCAAUGACAACCUGGAGAUACGUCGAUGUCUUCUGGAAGAUUAAAAGAGCUCUCAAUAUCGGAGUAGAAGCAAAGUUAAGGGACAAUAUAAGAACUGUUGAUGUAUUUGUUUAUAAGCUGAUCCAGAGAAAAACUGAGCAGAUGACUAAACCAGAUGCUGAUUUAUCAUGGAAGAAAGAAGACAUUUUGUCAAGGUUUCUGCAAAUAUCUGGUACAAAUCCAAAGUAUCUGCGUGAUAUAAUAUUGAACUUCGUAAUAGCAGGCAAAGAUACAACAGCAACCACCCUUUCGUGGUUCAUAUAUGUGUUAUGCAAGUACCCUCAUGUACAGGAGAAAGUAGCACAAGAGAUCAAAGAAUCAACAACCGAGAAAGAAAAUGCAACAGAUAUAACAGAUUUUGCUGCCAAUGUAAGUGAAGAUGCCCUUGAAAAGAUGCAAUAUCUUCAUGCAGCACUGACAGAGACUCUUAGGCUCUAUCCUUCAAUUCCAACGGAUCCAAAAUUAUGUUUUUCGGAUGACACCUUUCCAGAUGGAUUCAGUGUGAACAAAGGAGAUAUGGUGUCUUACCUACCAUAUGCAAUGGGAAGAAUGAAAUUUAUAUGGGGUGAUGAUGCAGAAGAAUAUAAACCAGAGAGAUGGCUUGAUCGCCAUGGUUUCUUCAGGCAUGAGAGCCCCUUCAAAUUUACUGCUUUCCAGGCAGGGCCGAGGAUCUGCUUGGGGAAGCAGUUUGCCUAUAGGCAGAUGAAAAUAUUCUCUGCUGUGUUGUUACAUUACUUUGUUUUUAAGUUGAGUGAUGACAAGAACACUGUCAACUAUAGGACAAUGAUUAGUCUUCAGAUCGCCGGCGGACUCCAUGUUGAUGUCUUUCAUAGAUAGGGCCACUAGAAAGAGUAUAAAUUAAAAUGUAUGUUAGUAUCAGUCCUACUCUGCCUCAAAAUGUAAUUCCAUGACAUGAGUAUCCAAAAUAAGCCUUUCAAAUAACAUCAACCGGUGCAAUUGAAAUAAGGUUUGUAAUCUAAGGAAGGUGUCAUUGUUAUUUAAUUCAUAUUUUCCUUGUUUUACCUUC